AUGUGGAACUACGAGUUGGGAAAGAAUGAUGACAUUCGGGACAACGAAUAUUUGGAAAAAUUCGUUCCAGAUUGCGAAGCGCACGACACCUCUAGAAAGUGCACCUCCUUGCAUCCAGACCUGUACAAAAUAGUAAGGAUUUGUCUGGAUGAGGAACAGAAUCCGUGGUUCUAUAAAGGUACUUCUUGCCUGAUUCCAAAAGGUGUCCCAAGUAAAGACAGCGACCUGAGCCCAAUAACUUGUUUGUCGAACCUUUACAAGUUAACAACGAAAUGUGUGGCACACGUCAUGCAGUUAGAUGUUGCCAUGAGGAAGCUGCUUGCAGACCAUCAGUUAGGGACUGUUACCCAGGUUCAAGAUGCGAAGGAACAAGCAAUGUUGAACCUGGCCGUUUGCAAAGAGCACGGAAACCAGCUUUACAUUACGUGGCAUGACAUUAAAAAAGCGUUAGAUUCAGUUAAUUAUGAAUACUUGAUUAAGUGCAUUGAAGGCUUAACAUGCCAUCGUGGAUCAGCAGUAAAGUCAGUCACUAAUACUGAGGUAUGCGCUCAUAAAGCGGUGCUAUUGGAAGGAACUCAAGGGUACAAAUAUCUUGAAGUAGUGGAAGACAUGACUAGUGCACCUAUCCGUGAAAGCUACGAUAAAGUCCGUGCAGAGAUUUUAGUGAGAACUGAACGGUUAGCCAAAACUGCACUAAAUGACAAGAACUUUAUCAAGGCGGUGACUGAGCAUGCCAUAAGUUUGACAAAUUAUUACAUCGAGGUGUUCAAGCUGGAGCUCAAACUCAGCACAUCCGAGUUGCUCGAGGGUCGAUCAUAA